UAAUUAUAUGUGUAUGUGUGUAUGUGUGUAUGUCUAUAUCUAUAUUUUAUAUGUUGCACGAUAAGGGGUUAUUUCAAAUGCACACAAGCAAUUGCCCCAAUGUAUUUUUAUAACCAAUAGGUUAUCUUGUGCAUACAUAUAAAUAUGUUUAUUUAUUAGUAGUUGAGCGCAUGCGUGUUGCAUAUAGAUGCAUGCGUGCCUCAUAUAAAUGUAUGUGUGUUGCAUGUAUGCGUGCAACAUAUAAUGUAUGUUUGUUGCAUAUUAAUGCAUAUAUGUUUAUGUGUUUAUUUAUGUAUACAAAUUUAUGUUUUAUAUGUAGCUCCUCGGAUUUGCUAAGGCAUAAAAGAAUGCAUGUUCAAUGAUAUUUGAACACCUGUUUUGAAAUGGUUGACCGUUUCAUUGUGCUUGCUGAUCAUGUCAGUAAAGUGCUUUUACAAGUGAAGAUGGACAAAUCUUCGAAAGCUAAGCCACCUAACAUGAUCACAGGUGAGGAAAUCGAUGCGUUAGUAGAAGUUCGUGACAUCUUAAAACCUCUCUUGCAAAUAACUCAAGAAGUUUGUUUUGAGAAAUGUGUAACAUUGAGCAAGUGCAUUCCUUUGAUUUCAAGUCUUAGAAAAAAGAUUGAAGAGUUAACGCCAGAAACUUUAAUUGGGCGACAUUUGAAAAAGAGAAUGGUUCAAGACAUCGAAACAAAAUACGGCAAUAUUGAAUCCGUAAAACUGUACGCUUGUGCAACAUUGGUUGAUCCUCGUUAUAAAAAGUUUGGUUUUCAAAGUAUUCGGGAUUCUGCACGAGCGGUAACUAAUGUCGCUGAUCUUGUCAAGACAGAACGAAAAUUAGCAUUGGCAGCAACGGUGGCAAAUAUUAACCCUCAAGAUGAGAUAUUAGCUAUUCAAGGUCCGGAAUCUCAGAAAACGAACGAUGACAAUGAUGAUUUAUGGUCUUAUUUUGAUAACACUGUGAGUUGUAGUUCCAAUCUUGCAGAUUCUGAUGAGGCUGGAGGAUUACCAAUACAAUUACGACAAUAUUUGACACGCCCGGCUGUCAAUCGGAAACAAAAUCCUAAUCCGUUAACUGUGUGGGAAAGUAUGAAAUAUGAAUAUCCGUAUCUAUGGAAAGUAGCUAAAAAGUACUUGCCAAUAGUUGCAACGUCUGUACCCUGUGAGCGAUUAUUUUCACAUGCAGGACUUAUCGCAAAUCAGUUGAGGAGUCGCUUAUCACCUCAGCACAUUAAUGAGCUAAUAUUUUUAAGAUCAAUCGGCAAAGAAAUGUGGUUUUCGUAGUUAUUUAUUUUUAAAUUUUUUGUUUUUUAAUUAAAAAAAAAAGCAAUUUUAUUAUCCAAUACCAAAAUGUAUGCAAUGAAAUCCUAAAAUACUUUUUAUAAUAUGUUAAAAACUAAAAAAAUAUUGAUAUAUCUAAUGAAUUUCGUGUACGAGUUGCUUAA